AUGAAUUAUAAUUAUUAUAGCACACAAAUCGACAAUCAGAAUGCUAUCCAUUCAAAGUCCUAAUCAGUUGGAAAAUUAAAGAAGGGAAUAGUCUUUCAAAAUUACCCAUUUAAUCCUGUAUAGAGUUAUAAGUCAAAUAUAUAAGUGCGUCCAUUUACUUCUUAAACUCAACCUAUAAAAAAACCUUCAACAGCUCAAGUAUUUAAUAUCACUAAUUGAUAGUCUAUUUGUCAUGUUCCAAGAGCAACAACUUCACACACCUAAAGAUAACCUAAUAUGUUAUUUUCUGAGUAAUUAAAUAAUAAUGAGAUGGAAACAAAAUAAAGUAAACGAUAUAUGAAAAUAUACUUUCUCAAAAGUAAUAGACUUAAUAAGACAUUUAGCAAAUUAUCGUACUAUUCUUCAUAAUGUCAUGAAUGCUAAACUCAAAGCCUUACCACCUGGAGACAGGAGAAGAUUAUCAGUUCUUAAUAUUGUAUAAGACAAAUUUAAAGAACUUACAAUUUAAGAAAUAAAUUUACUUAUAUGUUAACAUGUUGUUUCUGAAAAGUUUUACAUUUAUUUUUCAGGUUAAUAAUUAAUUUUUAUUAAAUUUAGAUUCUGAAUGGAUUCCAUGUAGUAAAUGUUGUUAAACUCCUAUUUAUUUGGUUCUUAUUCCAUAAGCUUAAAAAACUGAUAUAUUUUGUAGUUAAUGUUCUCGAAAUCUUUAAAAUCCUCCAAGAUCUGCUGCUUAAAGUAAUACUAUUUUACCAAAAUAUUCUUUUACUUAAUAUGGACACUCAUUACAAGAAUAGAAAGAAAGAUAAAAGGUAAGUAGAAUGAUUAUUUCUGGAAAAUAUAGAAAGAUGAAUCUAAAAGAUGUUUAUAAUGAAGUUUAAGAACCAAUUUAACCAGAAGAAUCAUAUAAUAUAGAAUUUCCUGUUAAAGAAAAAUAAUAAGAAAGUACAAUUUUAGAAUUAAAAGAUUUAAUUAAUGAAUUAUUCUGA